GACAGUACACGGCAGAACAUGGAAACAGCGGGUCAAUCCAUUUAGCCCAAGGGCCGAUACACCAAUUCACCAAUUUGUCAGUGUUAGUUUGAGAGAGAAAAGCAGCUAAUCUCUCCUCUCUGCUCUCUAUUGAUCACACACUUAGACUCCACUUCUCUGUCUAAACACUAUUGAUUCUCCCUCUCUCUCAAUCUCAUUCGCUCUCCCUCUGACUCUCUGUGCGUACCGCCGCUUUCAACACACUCCUUUUCAUAUACUGAACAAUAUGGAUGGAUUGCAUGCGGCCCUGGCCAAUGAGUCAUACGCUUCUGGAACAUUUGAGCAUAUUUUAGUGUCAACAAACAAGACAAUGAGUGAUCCCUUUACCCGGAAUUUCAGAGUUUGCAACACAGGAGUCUGAACCGCACGUUCCCUGCUGUGCAUAUUCAAAAGCGUGUGCACAGUCUCAUUAAAAUCAAUCCCAGUGCAUAGUGAAUGAUUAAAAAUUCACCUCUUGUUACUGCGUCUGAUGCCUUUUGUUUUUUUUUUUCCCAGUCUCACAUCACAGGGGUGCACUUGAAAAGCAAGAUGAAGGUGGUGUUUCAAAUGAAAACAAGGGUGGUGGUUUGAUCACAUUUAGUUAGUCGGCACCCAUGUCAUUGAUCCAUUUUUUCCCCCACAUAGAAAUAGAUUGGUUCAGGGGUGGCCCAAGUAAUGCAAUGACUCUGUUAUGUUAAUGAACGGGGAGAACAGAGUGGAUAAUUCAUCACACAUGAAUUCUGAGAGUCUUACUCAAAGUGGUGAUGCUGGUGAGUGGUGACAGAAAACGCCUGUCUGGCUUUUGAGGCUUGAGCUCCCCUUAGUGGUCAUGUUACUUCAUUACAAAAAAUAAUGACCGCGGUUACAAAACUUAAGUCUUGUGUAAGAGCCGUCAGCUGUUCGGUAACAACGAUUGUGUGCUUAAAGCUGCACACGUGGUGCAUGCUUUUCGGGGUAGGACGUAAGAAAGUGACUUAAAAAGACUUCACAAUCACCUUUCUUUUGGCGAUGCCUCAAACUGGAGAAGAAGACGGCGAGCUGGCCGUGGUGAGAAGGCUCCUAAGAGAAGUGCUGCUGGGUCGGGAGGAUCCGGAGGGAUUCUUCGCGAUGUGCCUGUCCAUCUUGGGUCACCAGGAGACCCGCGCCCGGUUUCUGCCCGCCGUUCAGCCUCUGUCGUCGGCCAACCGGUUCUUGCACUCCACCCUCGUCUCCAUCUACGAGGAAUAUUUCACGAAGGCUGAAGACGAUGAGUUGGAACUAGCAGUGACCCUGUCUCUUCUUGAAACGCAAGUUCACCCAAGAACACGGCUUCAGAAAUAUGAUGGGGUAUCCAAUCAAAGUGGACACUCCAAGGAAGGAGGAGGUACAACCCCAGAACCUGCACAUCAGCAAGAAACAUUUCUGAACAUGUCUGGUACAUGUCAGACUGUGAGUGCCAAACAGGACAUGGGUUCAAAAAGUGACAUGAUGGAAGACCAGUGUGAGAAAACAAAUCAUUCCAAAAGCAGACGUCAGCGUCGGAAAGCAGCAGCCCAGCAUGUCGUUGGUUUGCCUGACUCUCCAUCGGGGGCCGCACCGGUGCUGCUUUGGGUCCGCAGGGACUUGAGACUAUGUGACAACCCUGCUCUUGUCGGCUCCCUGGAGUUGGGGGCCCCCGUCAUACCUGUAUUCAUCUGGAGCCCCAAAGAGGAAGAGGGGCCUGGAAUGACUGUGGCUAUGGGAGGAGCUUGUAAAUACUGGCUUCAUCAAGCGCUGUCCUCCUUUCGUUCAUCUCUGGAGCGUAUCGGCAGUCAUCUGGUCUUCCUGGAGGUGAACGGAUCCAGCACUCUGCGUACGCUCAAAGAGCUGGUGAGGGAGACUGGGGCCCGAACGGUGCUGGCCAACGCCCUCUACGAGCCCUGGCUGAAGGAACGGGAUGACGAGGUGGUGUCAAGGCUGCAAAAAGACGGGGUCCGAUGCAAGAUGUUCCACUCGUACUGUACUAGAGACCCUUACUCUGUCAGCACGGAGGGUGUUGGACUCAGAGGAAUCGGAUCUGUGUCUCACUUCAUGAGCUGCUGCAGACAGAACCCAGCAGGCACCGCAUUUGGUGCUCCACUGGAUCCACCCAUGUCGCUCCCUGUACCUUCCAGCUGGCCUCAGGGCAUCCCUUUGGACACGCUGGGCCUGGCACGCAUGCCACGCAGGAAGGAUGGCACCACGAUUGAUUGGGCAGAGAACAUUUGCAAGUCGUGGGAUUUCAGUGAAGAGGGCGCCCAUGCCAGGCUAGAAGCUUUUCUUCAUGAUGGUGUGUACAGAUAUGACAAAGAGUCGGGCAGGGCUGAUGCCCCCAACACCAGCACUCUAUCGCCAUAUCUCCACUUUGGUCAGCUCAGCCCUCGCUGGCUCUUAUGGGACGCCAAGGGGGCGCGCUGUCGACCUGCAAAAUUCCAACGCAAACUGGCAUGGAGGGAUUUGGCGUACUGGCAGCUCACGUUGUUUCCUGACCUUCCCUGGGAAUCCCUCAGGCCCCCGUACAAGGAACUGCGGUGGAGCAGCAAUCGCAAUCAUCUCAAGGCCUGGCAGCGAGGGCGCACAGGCUACCCUCUGGUGGAUGCAGCCAUGAGGCAGCUGUGGCUGACGGGCUGGAUGAACAACUACACCAGACACGUGGUGGCUUCUUUCCUCAUAGCGUACCUGCAUCUGCCCUGGCAGGAAGGCUAUCGCUGGUUUCAGGACACACUGGUGGACGCAGAUGUUGCCAUCGACGCCAUGAUGUGGCAGAAUGGCGGCAUGUGCGGUCUGGAUCACUGGAACUUUGUCAUGCAUCCCGUUGAUGCCGCCAUGACAUGCGACCCGAAUGGCAGUUAUGUGAGGAAAUGGUGUCCUGAAAUUGCAGAGCUGCCUGACGAGCUCAUUCACAAACCGUGGAAAUGCCCGACGUCCAUGCUACGACGUGCGGGCGUGGUGCUGGGCCAAACAUACCCAGAGAGAAUAGUUACAAACCUGGAGGAGAGGCGGAGUCGCUCUCUUCAGGACGUCGCCCUGGUGCGAAGACAACACGCAGAAUACGUGGACACACGCUCGGGCUGCGACCUGGUGCCUCUGCCGCCCCGCUUGGUCUCUGAGGCCCUGGGCUUAGCUCAGCCAACUGGAGGAAAACAAUUCCUCCUUCCAGUCAUCACACGUAUGGAAUUCAAACACCAGAUGGAUGACCCGGACAUGGAUGCCGCCACCAAUCCUUACAACGCCGUCCUCAAGGGUUACGUCAGCCGCAAGAGGGACGAGACUGUGGCGUUCCUCAACGAGCGAGACUUCACAGCCAGCGUCUUGCACGAGGGAGCCCAGAGAAGAGAGAGGCUGGAGAGCGACCAUCGCCGCAUGGAGGGGCUCCCGCCCAAACGACUCCCAACGCAGGGAAGAGCCAGACGCUCCACAAACACGAAUGACCGGUUCUCUAUCCUACCAAGCGGUACUGUUCUUACGACACACAGGUGAUCCAAAGCCACAAGCACCUGGUUCAGUCCCUUCCGAAUAUCUCAGUCUUAUUUUUCUGAUUGUUUCCAGCCUGAAAUGCCCCUUUUCACAGAAAAAAAAUUGGGAUUCUUUUUGCAAUAUUUAUGAAAAGCUUUUUUGUGAUAGCAUUAAACCAUUUUUUUCUCUUU